AUGUAUAAUAUUGUGAAAAUAAACGAGAAUAGGCUUAAAUUAUAUUUUAAUAUCAUAAGAAAAAUACACAAUGUAGAUCUUAGUAACAUUCCUAAGGUAACUGUUGCUAAUAUACGCAAAGUUUUACGCCAAAAAGGUUUCGCUGUUCAGGAUGGUUUUACAUCUCUUACAACAAAGUGUACAAUAUGUACGGAGGAAAAGGUUGAACAGAAAAAAGCUGAUAAUAAAUUUUAUGUUAACAAAACUACAGGCUAUUUCAUAUGUCCUAAGUGUAAUAUUCACGGAGACUGGAGCAUACUCGAAAGAUUAUUGAAGAAAUCUAAAGUUGAAGGCAGUAUUAAGGAAUAUAUUAACGAAUUACAGCAGAAGAUAGAGAAUUUUCAACAAAACUGGAAGAAUAUUUUAGAAAAUACUACCUCAAUUGUAGACUUAAGUGAAGUAGAGGUUUUGGAUCUCUUUAGAUUAUUUGAAUAUCCAUACUAUGAAGAAUCAAAGAAAGUGUUAUCAGAUGUAAGAGUAUCAAAGGACCACACAGUAUUAUAUUUCCCUUUAAAAAACACUCUGGACAAUGUAGUGGGUUACCAUAAAGUACAAGCAGGAAGGGAGGAUGAGACUGAAAGUUGUGGCCUGUAUGCCGCUGGAUUAUUUCACUGUAGAGCCGCCAAAACCAGUCGUAAUGAUAUGGGCAUACUAGUGCCAAAUAUACAAGAUGUUUUACACUUAGCUGCAUCUAAAGUUCCAGGUACACUUAUUUGGCUCAAUAAUUGCAGCCUACCACCAAUAUUACUACCAACUCUAGAAAAUUACCAGAAAUUGUGUCUGUGGGGAGAUUGGGAUAACAUGAGAAGUGUUGCUGAGAAGCUGGGUGAAGAUAGAUGUCGAUUUGUUAGACCCACAGAUGGCUUGGUAACAGCAACAGAAGCAGCAAAGGCUAAUUUAUCUUUGAAAACCUUGGUCUCAGAGGCGAAGCCCGCUGCCCAUCGUUCCAUCACUACUUUUGCUUCCUUAAGGGAUGAUGUAUAUGCUGAACUCACCAACAUAGAUAAGGUUCGCGGAGUGAAGUGGCGUCGCUUCCCCGGCCUGACGCGGCUGCUGGGCGGACACCGGCGGGGUGAGCUCACCGUGCUCACGGGGCCCACGGGCUGCGGGAAGACCACGCUCUGUGCGGAGAUGUCGCUCGACCUCGCGCAGCAGGGGGUCACGACUUUAUGGGGAAGUUUCGAAAUUCGUAACUCUCGCCUAGCUCGCACGAUGCUUCAGCAGUUCGCGGGUGUCCCGCUCGAGCAGAACCUUCAGGACUUCAGUAAAUACGCUGACGACUUCCAAAAGUUACCUCUUUACUACCUCGCCUUCCACGGACAACAGCCAAUUAAAGUUGUCAUGGAGGCGGUGGAGCACGCGCGCUACAUGCACGACCUGGCGCACGUGGUGGUGGACAACGUGCAGUUCAUGCUGGGGCUGGGCGACGAGCGCGAGGGCGACCGCUACCAGCGCCAGGACGCCGUCAUCGCCGCCUUCCGCACCUUCGCCACGGCGCGCCACACGCACGUCACGCUCGUCAUGCAUCCAAGGAAGGAACGUGAAAGUGAAGAUCUGUCAACUAGCUCCAUUUUUGGUAGUGCCAAAGCAUCGCAAGAAGCUGAUAACGUUCUUAUAAUUCAAGAUAAAAGAUUAACUUCAGUUCGUGGAAAAAAAUACUUGCAAGUUGCUAAAAACAGAUACAGUGGAGAUCUCGGCAUCGUUCCAUUAGAUUUUGAUAAAGACUCGCUCAGCUAUCAGCCGAAAAAGAAACCAAAAAAUAAAGAUGAACCAGAAAAACUCUUAGAUCAGUGUUUUGAAGAAUAUUCCUUGGAAGAACGCAAUUACGAUAACUUUGGUAAUACAAAUGGCAAAGCAAAGAAUCAGAAAAACAAAAAUAAGCAUAAUGAAGCAGACACAUUUCUUAGUGAUAUUUUAAAUUUAAAUAGAACGAGAUAACUUUUAAUGAAUUUCAUAGUGAAGGACUAACUAAAAGUGUUAUUAAAAAUAUGUAAUCUUGGGAAAUAGAACCAAAAUGCCCUAAGAACCAUUUUUAUUAUGCUGCUGAUACAAAAAACGGAUUUUAAGAUUAUGUACUGCUGUAUAAAACACCUCUACUAUAAAACUUCAAUAGUUUAAUCUAGCUUGGAGUCCGUUUUCUCACUAUGGACGCACAGUUGAUGCCACAUGGCAUUCUGAUACCUCACUAAAAAUGGAAGAAUAAUAUACCGAUGAAUUUUGGUACAUCGGAACAACUGGCACAGCCGCAGCUCGCCGCCUAAACAACACUUAGAAACUUUUGGUAUUAGUCUACAUUUAAUCCUGAGAAAUUUUGGUUGAUAUCAAAUAAAAAUUCUGCCAACGCAAAAUACAUUUAUUUUAUUUGAUUACACGUUUCAAAGUUGAGAUAUUCAUUAAAUGUACUUUAAUAAUACUUUUAAUAAAUAAAUUAUUUAAACAGCUA